UGACCGAGCUGUGCAUUUCCAGUUACCUAUCCUCGCCGUGUAUUUCACCUCUGAACGCUGUCCGUGCAAGUGACGUCUGUUUUGCCUCGCCCGACACGCCAAGGACGACCUCGGAAUAUACCGCUUCCCGAUGAUGCCCUCUCCCAACCUUUCCCAGUCGGGACAGCUCCCAGUUGAUGCUCCGGCGGACGAAUUCCAGAAUGGUUCCGGGAUGUCGAACAUAAGUGGGGAUUACCAUGGCGUUGUCGCGUCCGACCCUUCCUUGGGACAAGGGGUGGGCGGAUCUGACGUGAUCGCGGAGGGGAAACAGAAUGCGAAAGCUGUUCUUGCGGCAUCAGGCGUAUCCUUGCCGUCCACCGAAUCGAGUCAUGACGCGUCCAAUGGCGCCUCUUCGCAGCCGAGCAGUGCCAACGGGUCCGCAUCGAGCAAGAAACGAUCCCGGGACGGUUCCGUUAUCCAACAACCAUCUGCCGAUGGCCUCCCCGUGCGCGUACGUGAGACACCAGCCGAGAAGAUCCUUCUUGAGGACUAUGUCAAUCGGGAAUUCCAUCAUUCGGCCAUGGCAGCGUGGCAGAACCCCAGUCAGGAGCUUCUGCAGCAGAAACGCGCCGAGCGCGAUUAUUUCUUGGCAGUACGGCGCGAAAACCACAUGAAUCCAGCCGCUCUCUAUGGCGUGGGCUACGAGGGCUUCGGAAAUCAACGUACCGACUUGCGAAAUCAACAUCCACAGCUGUUGUAUCCAGCAAAUCGACGCCGCCCCGGCAAUCGGCGGACUAGGGAACUCCGAAUCUCGCGCAAGGAUUUGAAGGCUCAGAACGAACAAAUCGAAGACCUGGUGCCAAUCCGGUUGGACAUUGACUGGGAGAAGAUUAAAAUCCGCGAUACAUUCACAUGGAACCUUCAUGAUCGCGUGGUUUCCCCCGACUUGUUCGCGGAGAAGCUAGUGGAGGAUCUCCGAAUCCCUCUUGAGACAUGUGGGCCGCUGGUACGAAUGAUCUCACAAAGUAUCCAGGAGCAGCUAUGCGAUUAUUAUCCUCAGAUCUUCAUGGAAGAAGAGCCGCUAGACCCCCACCUCCCCUACAGCGCCUACAAGAACGAUGAAAUGCGCAUCCUUGUCAAACUCAACAUCACGAUCGGUCAGCAUACCCUGAUUGACCAGUUCGAGUGGGACAUCAAUGACCCUCACAAUUCUCCCGAAGACUUUGCAGCACGCAUGACCGACGACCUGUCUCUUUCCGGCGAGUUCACGACGGCAAUCGCACACUCCAUCCGCGAACAAUCCCAGCUCUUCACCAAAUCCCUCUACAUUCUCUCUCACCCCUUCGAUGGACGUCCGAUCGAUGAUCCUGACCUGAAGACCGCAUUCCUUCCCACUCCCCUAACCUCCUCCUUUAGGCCCUUCCAGGCGGCGAAGGAGUUCACGCCCUACUUGUAUGAAUUGAACGAAACGGAGCUCGAGCGGACCGAGGUGUCGAUAUCGCGAGACCAACGUCGGCAGAAACGGUCCGUCAACCGCCGCGGUGGGCCCGCGCUGCCCGACUUGAAGGACCGUCAACGAACCAUUCGGACCCUGGUCGUCUCGACCGUCAUCCCUAAUUGCGCGGCUUCCCUAGACGAGAGCAAUGUCUACAAGCGGUCCGGCUCAAGCCGUCAUAGACGCGCCGCGGUCGGACUUCGUGAUACUGGAGAAGAGUCGGACGAGUCGGACAGUGAUGAAUCCUCAAUAACUGGGUCACCUGCGAUUGGGCCUCAUUUGGCUCAAGGCACCGCGCGUACGAGAGGCAUGAGGGGAGCUGCCAGCGCAGCCCAUGCGGCGCUACGGGCGAGUUUGGGCCAGUCUGCCACGCCCGAGCCGCAUAAUGAGGCGAGGGCAGCCAGUCGGAGGCGCGAUUAUCGCGAGGAGAGCGUUGUGGAAGAGCCAGAGAAGUUGAUCGUGAAGGUCAAGAUCUCCAAGGAUAAGUUCCGACAGUUCAUGACACAUGGGAUCCAGUCAAUACAGGGUCUUGCAACACCGGCGGCGCAACCGCCGUCGCAGCAAAGUACCCCCCAAGUUCAGACUCCCACCCCCAACCCCAUGGCUCCGCCCUCCGCUCCUCAGUCUGAGGUCCGGGUUCCCGGCGUGCCUCCUCCCGGACAACGACCAGUUCCCGCCCAACAGAUCGGAGCUGUAGAUGCUCCUCAUCCCCCUCAGCCAGGAGUCCCCGGGCCCCCGCCUCCAAGUUGGCUUGCAGCGGGACUAGCACGGUUAAAACUCUCCUACCCCAACGACUCUUUCGAAGGUGUCAUGCGGUACACCGCUGUUGAUACGGAAACCAUGCUGCCAGUUGCAAACUCCAACAGCCAGCCCGGUCACAAACUGAAAUACCAAUACCUCCCGCGCAUUCGCUGCCACGACUGUCCGGGCAAGCUGUACACCCCGGGCCCUGGCACGACCGUUGACAACUUCGAAGUCCAUCUCCGGAACCGCCAGCACAAGGAGCGCGUGGAAGAGCGGGUCGCGAAGACGACAGCAGCCGCAACAGCCGGGGGCAACGCACCAUAGUAAUUAACGAGUGAAUGAUGGAGCCGGGUUUUGUUUUCUACCUCAUCUUCUUCCGCAACAAUGUAAACUUUACUCUCCUUUUUUUCCUCCCUUGUUGCGUUCACCAUUGGUACCGAUUGACCUCUGGUUCCAAUCAUUGA